CAUAAAUGAAAUCUAAAGUUGAAUCUCAAUAAGAGGAAUCAAAUACUGAUAACGAUUUCUCAGAAAUGUCUGAUACACAAGUAAGAAGAAGAGGACCUCAAAAAAAGCCUAUUUCUAAAAAUAAACUCCCUAAUCUAGAAAGAAAUGUUCCGAUCAUCAUUAAGAAUAAUAACUUUGUAGUGAGAACUAUUUGGACAAUUGUUAUGAUUCUAGGCUUUAUGGCUGUCUUAUGGGCAGGUCACAUUUACAUUAUUGGUUUAGUGUUAUUGAUUAACAUUGGAAUAUUUAAGGAAAUCUUAGGAUUGAAAAGAAAUUAUGAAAAAGAGGUGAAUGUGAAAUAUUCACCUAUAAUUAAUUGGUAUUUUUUUGGGAUUGCCACAUUCUUUUGUUAUGGAAAGUUAUUUUAAUCAAAAUUAUCAGAAUACGCAUUUAGAAUGCAUAUUCUGUCAUAUGUUUUGAAUUAUCAUAAUAUUAUAACAUUUAUGUUAUGGGUAGCAGGUUUUUUGAUGUUCACGCUUUCCCUAAAAAAAGGCUAUUAUCGAUAUCAAUUUAGAAUGUUUGGAUGGACACAUAUUACUUUAAUACUUGUAGUAGCAUAAAGUUCAGUUAUGAUCAUGAAUAUUUUUGAAGGUAUAAAUAAUUAUUAUUAUUAAUUAAUAGGUAUUGUUUGGUUUAUUUUACCAUGUUCAUUAGUAAUAACAAAUGAUAUUUUUGCAUAUAUAUUUGGAGUUUCAUUUGGUAAGACUCCACUUAUUGAACUAUCUCCAAAGAAAACUUGGGAAGGCUUUAUAGGAGGUUGUUUUUCAACAUUAAUUGCUUCUUUUUGUGUAAUAACUUCAUAUAAUUAAAGUUUGCUUAUUUUCUUCAAAGUAGUUAGUAUUUAACUUGUCCAUAGCAUUAACUUCCUUUUUCUCCAUUUGCUUCUUUAACAUGUGAAAUCCCUAGCGUUUUUAUUACUACUUAAAGAUAAUUACCAUUUUCAAUUUUAGGAAAUGAUUCCAUUUAUUUUAGCGAUUUUUAAAUUCAUGCCAUGGUUUUUAGUUUAUUUACAAGUCUUGUAUCACCAUUUGGCGGUUUUUUUGCAUCAGGAUUUAAAAGAGGAAUUAAAAUCAAGGAUUUUGGUGAUACCAUUCCAGGACAUGGAGGAAUUACUGAUAGAAUGGAUUGCUAAAUCUUAACAGGAAUGUUUUCUUAUUUGUAUUUGCAUUAAAUUGUUUUACCAAAAGCAGUUACUUUAGGCACAGUAUUAGGUUAUGUUUCUUAAUUAUCCACUAAUGAACAAUAAGAACUAUUUGAGCAACUUAAAUAAUCAUUGUAAAUUGGCCAAUGAAUAUUUAUUUAA